UUAUCAGAUCCAUUUGUUAUUGUCAAGCAGCAUGUUGGAAAACGGUGAACAUUUUUUUGAGGGCGUUGAGAAACUCCUCGAAAUUUGGUUCGAGGAAAGCUCCAAUAGCGAGAACGAUUUGCGAAACAUUAGCAGAUCUGAUUGGGAGAAUGUUCUUAGCAAUGUCAACUGUGAAAUAAUCAGCACUUCCAAAAAUGAUGCCAUUGAUGCUUUUGUAUUGAGCGAGAGUAGUAUGUUUGUUUCCAAGCGAAGAUGGAUUCUUAAAACUUGUGGAACAACUACUCCUCUUAAAUGCUUAAGUCUUUUGUUGAAAUUGGCGGAGGAUAACGGAUUCGAAGUAGUCGCUGACUUGUUCUACUCGCGAAAGAAUUUCACUAGACCGGAAGCACAGAUAACUCCACAUCAGGGGUUUACAGAAGAAGUUACUUAUUUGGACUCUAUUUUUCCAAAUGGAAGAUCCUACUGUCUGGGUUCCAUGAACUUAGAGUGUUGGUAUCUCUAUACUUUUAGUCGUUCUGAUAUCAAAAUUUCUCCCCAACACAUAACGGAUGAGAAAGGAAUCGACUCUGAUCCAGAUCAAACCAUUGAAAUCCUUAUGCAAGAUCUAGAUCCCGAAACCAUGUCGAUCUUUUACAAAAAUAAAUUUGAUAAUGCUAAUGGGGCUACUGUGAAAUCUGGAAUCGAUACCAUUUUGCCGAGCAUGCACAUUGAUGAUUUUCUUUUUGAUCCAUGUGGAUAUUCCAUGAAUGGAAUUAAUAACAAGGGAGAGUACAUGACAAUUCACAUCACUCCCGAAAAUCAGUUUUCAUAUGUGAGCUUUGAAACCAAUGUUGCGUUGAGUAACUAUAGGAAACUUAUUAAUCAAGUUAUCAACACUUUCAAGCCGGGAAAAUUUAUUGUGACUAUUUUUGCUAAUAAGUGCUCUCUGGCUUACGAAACUAUGAAGGAGUUGGAAGUAGAAUACUCUAAAGGAUCGCAUUGGAAACGAACGGAUAUGCAAUGCUGCAAUUUUCCGUCUUACAACCUUCUUUUUGCACAAUAUUCUUUUAAUGAAAAAAAUGGUGAUAAUUUAUGAAAUUCAAAUUCCAACAAUAAUUGUGAUUGUUUUACGCAUGUGUAACCAAACCUCUUGUUCGUUUGUUAACAAUUAAUUUAAAUAAAGGUCGAAUAAUGAACAUA